AUGCUCUCCUCGACAGCCGUCGUAGGGUUGGAUGAGAGGCUCUUCUUCGACAAGGAUGGCUACCUCGAAUUUGCACCAGACGACCCCGAGAACCCGAAGAACUACUCGUUUGGACGCAAGUGCUACAUCACGGCCGUUGCUAUCUCUCUCGUAAUCAAUGCCACUUUCUGCUCGUCUGCACCAUCCGGAACUUUCCAGGGCAUCAGUGACGACCUCCACGUCUCUGCCGAAGCCGCUGGCCUUGUUACCACCCUCUUUCUUCUAGGCUACUGCGCAGGCCCGCUCUUUUGGGCACCUCUGUCCGAGUUCUACGGCCGUCGUUGGAUCUUUUAUAUCUCCUUCACCAUCUACCUCGCCUUUAGUUUCCUCUGCGCCUUUACGCCGAAUUUCACCGGUCUCUUGUUCGGCCGUUUCCUGACUGGCACGGCUGCUAGUGCUGCCCUGACGAAUGCGCCGGGCAUCCUCGCUGACAUCUGGGGUCCGGUCGAGCGUGGCAAUGCCAUGAUCCUGUUUGCUACAAUGACAUUCGUGGGACCCGCUCUUGGCCCAGUGAUCAGUGGAUUUCUCCAACUAGAAGAGACGUGGCGUUGGACCUUCUACGUCCUGCUCUGGAUGGCCGGUGCCAUCGAGCUUCUGCUCAUAACUCUUCCGGAGACACUUCCAAUGAUGAUCUUGCGCAACAAGGCCCGUUGCAUACGCAAAAUACCAGGCCAGGAGAGCGUCAAGGCUCCAGUCGAGGCGUCGGAUCGUUCCCUGGGAGGCAUCUUUAAGGUCGCCCUAACGAGGCCUUGGAGACUGCUCAUCGACCCAAUCAGUUUCUUUGUCGCCAUAUAUUACGCAGUCGUCUAUACUUUGCUGUACAUGCUCUUCAGCAUCUACCCGACUGUCUUCCAGCAAAAACGAGGUUGGAACGCCGGCGUCGGUGAACUGCCACUGAUCGGCACAGUUCUAGGUGCGUGUCUCGGUGGCCUCGCACUGUUCAUCACUAGCCAAGUAACCCAGAAAAAGCGCUUCCACAAUCGCACACCAGUACCAGAAGAUCGCCUUCCUGCCGCAAUGGUCGGCGGGGUCAUAUUCGCCGUGACGAUAUUUUGGUUCGCUUGGACGGCUGAAUACAAGUCGGUCCAUUGGGCUGUGCCAACCGUGGCGGGUAUAUUCCUCGCAAUGUCAAUUCUGCUCAUCUUCGUUGUCUUCAUCAACUAUGUCAUCGACUCGUACCUGAUGUACGCCGCGUCCGCCAUGGCAGCGAACACCGUGCUGCGGUCAGCCUGCGCCGCGGCCUCACCACUCUUCACGCAGUACAUGUUCGACGCGCUCGGCGUGGGCGGGGCUGGCUCGCUCAUUGGAGGCGUGGGCGUGCUGCUGAUGCCCAUGCCUUUCGUAUUCUACAAGUACGGCGCCGCGAUCAGAGCGCGGUCCAAGUUCGCGCCGACGGACGAGACGCCGCACCCACCUGAAGAUGAGGAGAAGGGUGUGAAAGGUAAAUAG